AAUGAAGGUCAGCAGAGGCCAACCAUUUCUUCAUUGAUAUCAGUAUCAUUAUGAUAAGAAUCGCAUUUUAGUUAGUAGUUAUAAAAUUGUGGUAUUAAAAUCAAGAUAAAAAUGCCGUUGUGGAGUAUAUUUCUACGAAACACAAAUUUGGGCGUUCAAAUAACUACAAGAAGAUGGAGGAGUACUUUGAGAAAGAUAGACAAAUUACUAAUUGCAAAUAGAGGUGAGAUAGCAUGUCGUGUGUUGAGGACUGCCCGACGAUUGGGCGUAAAAACGGUCGCGGUUUAUAGCGAUGCCGAUAAGAACUCGUUACACGUUUCACAGGCCGAUGAAGCCUACAAUAUUGGCCCUCCACAAGCCAGCCAAAGUUACCUCCGUGCUGACAAAAUAAUAGAAGUCGCGCACAAGUCCGGUUGUCAAGCUAUCCAUCCAGGCUACGGCUUUCUUUCCGAAAAUGUUGAAUUUGCCGAAAGUUGCGAGAAAAACAACCUAAUUUUUAUGGGUCCUCCAGCUUCUGCGAUUCGCGACAUGGGAAUCAAAAGCAAAUCGAAGGAAAUCAUGUCGAAAGCCGGAGUUCCAAUAAUCGGCGGUUAUCACGGAGAAGACCAAAACAGGGCAAAACUGAAAGAAGAAGCUUUAAAAAUCGGAUUUCCAGUCAUGAUAAAAGCCGUGAGAGGUGGUGGUGGUAAAGGAAUGAGGAUAGCUUUCACCGAAUCUGAAUUCGAAGAAGCUUUAGAGUCGGCUAAAAGUGAAUCGCAGAAAGCUUUCGGCGACUCUGUGGUGCUUUUAGAGAAAUUUGUGCAAGAACCGAGGCAUGUGGAAGUGCAAGUUUUUGCAGACAUGCAUGGCAAUGCUGUUCAUUUAUUUGAAAGGGAUUGUUCGGUGCAAAGGAGGCAUCAAAAAAUUAUAGAAGAAGCACCAGCGCCUGGAAUAAGUGAAGAACUGAGGGCUGAACUUGGGGCUGCUGCUGUAAGGGCUGCCAAGGCAGUGGGAUAUGUGGGAGCUGGAACUGUAGAAUUUAUUCUAGAUAGGAAGAGUCAUAAUUUUCAUUUUAUGGAAAUGAAUACGAGGUUACAAGUGGAACAUCCGAUAACCGAGAUGAUUACAGGAACUGACUUGGUUGAAUGGCAAAUAAAAGUGGCUCGAGGUGAAAAGUUGCCAUUAACUCAAGAAGAAAUAAAAUUAAACGGCCAUGCGUUUGAGUCUCGAAUAUAUGCAGAGGACCCAAGUGGGGGCUUUUUGCCAGGGGCUGGUGUUUUGUUCUAUUUGAGUAGUCCCCAAGUUCGGGAUGACAUGAGAAUUGAAACUGGCAUUCGAGAAGGAGGCGAAGUAUCGGUUCAUUACGACCCCAUGAUUGCCAAAUUGGUUGUUUGGGGCCAAAACAGAUCUGAAAGUCUUUUAAAAAUGCAAUCACUUCUCUUGCAUUACAAUGUGGCAGGCCUGGAAACCAACAUUAAUUUCCUUCUAGAUCUUGUAAGACAUCCAGAAUUCAUUUCUGGAAACGUCCAUACUAAUUUUAUUACAGAAAACAACGAUAGUUUAUUUAAAAAUAAAACAGUAACUCAAACGCAACUCAUUCAAGCAGCUUUGAGUGUGGUGUUAGAAGACGAAUUACUAGACAUAAAAAAUGCCAUGAGUCGAAAAGACCAAUUUAAUCCAUUCGUGGUUGAAUCUGGAUUUCGAAUAAACCAUAACUUAGUUCGUGACGUUAAAAUGAAAUUUAAAGAUGAAGAAAAAUGUGUUAAAAUUAAAUUUGUUGACCACAACACUUACGACAUUUCGCUCGAUGAAGGAAAGACUUGGACUAAAGUCCAGGGCGAAUUUUACAAACAAGAAAACAAAUUUAGUCUAAGAAGUACCAUCGAUGGUAUUACCACCAGUGUGAAUGUUUUCAGGGGUGAUGACAUUAUUGCAAUUUUCGAUGAUAGUGGUAAAGUGGAAUUUAAUUUAGAAAAGCCAUCGUUUGUGACAAUUCAAGAAGAUGAGUCUUCAUCGGGAGGUUCGUUGAACAGAGCUGUUGCCCCAAUGCCUGGUGUCAUAGACAAGGUUUUGGUCAAUUCAGGAGACCAAGUGAAAAAAGGCGAUUCUCUCUUUGUUUUAAUAGCUAUGAAAAUGGAACAUGUGGUGAAGGCAGACCGGGACGCAGUUAUUGAAAAUAUUUAUUUCAAAGUUGGUGAUAAUGUUCAAAAGGACGUUACUGUUAUACAAUUUAAAGAGGAAAAUGUUGCGAGUUAAAGAUUUUAAAUAAAUUGUGAGUUUUAUUGA